CGACGUGGGGGAAGCCUCCGGUCCUGCUCGCUCGCCGCAGACGCCGCGCACUGCCAUGAGUCGCCGCCGCCGCCGAGUCUCCUCGGGCUCCGGGCACCCCGGCUGCUUCUCGCGGCGCCAGGAGCUUCGGUGACCGUCUAACUCCGCCGCCGCACCACCGAGGAAGAAGGAGGAGGAGCUGCAAGGCGGGCAGGAAGCAGGCGGCGGCGGCGGGGGUUCCGUCCACCCGUCCCCUGCGCCCCGCGGAGAUGCCCAAGCGGGGAUAGCAUGGCCCUGCGCCCCGGACGGCUCCUUCUGCGCCGCCGCCUCGUCGGGCUGCUGGCCGGCGUCGCCGCCAUGCUUCUGCUGCCGAUACUGCAGGCGGGCCGGAGCUGCCCGUCGUGCUUCUGCUUCGCCACACCGGACACCGUGCAGUGCCGCUACGUGCGCCUCCUCGAACCCCCCGACGAGCUGCCUCGGGUCGUGCACAACCUCUCCAUCGUCGGCGGCAACCUGACGGUGCUGCGCACGGCCGCCUUCGCCGGAGGAUGGGCCCGCGGCGAGCCCGCUCGGCCGCUAGGCAACUUGACGCUGCUGGUACUGACGCACAACCACAUCGAGACGCUGGAGGAGGCGGCCUUCGCCGGGCUGCCCGCCCUGGCCACGCUGGACCUAAGCCACAACCCGUUGUGCUCCGUGGCGCCGCGCGCCUUUGCCUCUUGCGCGCGAUUGCGCACGCUGCGCCUCAACCAGGCGCUGCUGGCGCCCGGGGCGCCGCCCUUCGCCGAGUUGUUGGACGGCGCGCUCUCGAACCUCAGCCUGGUGCGCCUGGAGCUGGCCGGCAACCGGCUGCGGCAGCUGCCGGCCCCCUGGGCCCUACCGCCGGGCUUGGAGGAGCUGGACUUGCGCAACAACUCCCUGCGGGCGCUACGCUCCGAGCCCCUGGACGGCUUGGCGGCGCUGGGCCGCGUGCGGCUGCUGCUGGACUCGAACCCACUGCACUGCGAUUGCGCCUCGCUGCGGCCCCUGCUGCUCUGGCUGCGCAACGCCACGUGGCGCGCGCCCGGGGUGCGCCGGCUGCGCUGCGCCUCGCCGCCGCAGCUGCGCGACCGGCUGCUGUGGCGCCUACGGCUUGUGCAGCUGGAAUGCCUCGACGGCGCGGACUGGGCGCUGCUGGAGCCCGGCGGCUCCGAGGAAGAGGAGAUGGAGACGGCCUCGUACGUCUUCUUCGGCAUCGUCCUGGCGCUCAUCGGCGUCGUCUUCCUCAUGGUGCUCUACCUCAACCGAAAGGGCAUCAAGCGGUGGCUUAGCAACCUCCGAGAAGCCUGCCGGGACCAGAUGGAGGGCUACCACUACCGCUAUGAGCAGGACAGCGACCCGCGACGGGCCAGCCCCGGAGACCUUUGAGGCAAGCCGUCAGCAGGCCUGGGAA